AUGCUGAAUAAGGCGUCAGUUUUUUGUUUUUCUCUUUUGCUUGCCACCAUGUCUCCAGUUCAAGUGAACGGUAAGCCAAAUGCAUGUAUUAAUGCUUUACGAAAAUUUCAUUUUGUUCGUCAAGCAGACAACAACAGUAUCGAUGUCCCUGCGAGCUAGUGUUUGGAAUAACCAAUGCAAGCUUAGAUAGAUAGAUAGAUAGAUAGAUAGAUAGAUAGAUAGAUAGAUAGAUAGAUAGAUAGAUAGACAUAGCAUAAACAAAAGAGCGUCUGAAACGUUCCGUAUGGGAACGUGGCACAUUAUAUAAUUUUUGACGCCUUAAAUUAUAGCUGGAUUGUUUUCUUGGUGGCAUCAGGUGGUAUAACUUAUGUCCGGGAUUGAUAGCAAUGGAAUCGAACAAUUGUCUACUGUUUAAUGCAAAUGAGCGUAUUUUCUCGUUCGUUUGCAAAAACUAGGUCGAGAAAAUUUUAGUGAUCAGCUUAGUAAAUUGAUUCAAUUACCUUUUUCAUUGUUGAGGUGAGUAAGUCUCGAUGUUCUUCUGUCGAUUAAUGCGUCUAAAUGCUCGUGCGUACCAGUUCGAUAAAUGACAACUAAAGGCCAAACGAUGUAUAGAUUAUAAUGAAAGCGAUGCUUUUUUAACCUCCGGAUAGUAGCUCUCAUGAAUAGCAAGAAGGUGAGAAAAUGCUAAUUUGUGUUUUGUUUAUUUUACCAGCUUCACAACCUUUUUCCUAGAAAUCGAGAUUCUUUUUCACCUGCUUUUUCCGAGAAACAAGAGAUUGAUAUAAACGUGGCAUGAUAUCGCUGACGUCACUAACUUAUUGAUAUAAGCGUCAAGACCAGAGGCUUAUUGGCUCUUGGAAGAAAGGGCACUUUCAGUGGAUAAAUGUCAUUUUUGUAGUGGUAAACAAAUACAUGUAUCGUUCAAAUAAGUUUCAGACGGGCAUGCCUGUUAAAUAAAAUGUCGUUAUUAAUCAAGUUGCAGUUGUAGCUUUAUGUUACGAGCUCGAUCCAUAUCAUGGACCAACGUAACCAGAUCGUUUUUCGACUGAUUUCACAUUGGUUUGACAUGGAGUCAAAUUGUCAAGGCUGCUUUCACACAAAAAGAUCUGUUGUGUGUCUUUGUAGUUGGCGAUCAUUUUAUGCUUUUUUUAAAAAUCCCUUUGUUCCAAGAGCAAAAUAGAUUCUAGAUCAACGGACACUGCUGACGUCAGUGAUAUGGAUUAGUACGCAUAGUACUCUCUAUUCCCAGAAAAGAAUCUUAAAUUCGAGGAAAAGAUAGCGAAGUAGAACAAACAAAAGAGCACAAAUUAUGUUUUCCAUCCUUUUCCGGCUCAAGCGACAAUUACUGUCUGCACUUUAAAUAUGCAUCAGUUUAAGUUACCCACGCGAUCUAUUAAUUAGCGAAACCGCGCUCAUCAAUUUUAUUUAUAUUUAUAUUAUUUAUAUGUUUAUACAAUGAGUCAUGGUGUAUUAACCCUCAGACGUACAAGCAAAUUCAUACCUUCACCGUGGUACAAGGGGGGAGGGUGGAUGGAACCCCUUCACGGAAUUUUUGAUAUGUUGAAGUAUUUUGAAACGAUUGUACCUUUAGUUGAAAGCCUUUGAUCUUCUUAACAAGAUAAGGUAUACUGGUGGUGCUGCUGGAGACCUGUGACGUCACCAACAAUGGUCGCAAUUUUGGCCGCCAUCUUGGAUUUUACCAAGAAUUGGAAAUCAGGUUAAAACCACGAUAAAUGGUAAUUUUUGGUGCUUUUCAUGAACCAAUAAAUAAACCCAUAAAUGAACAGUUUGUAUGAUUUGAGCCGCAGGGUUUGCUUUUAUUGUUGAAAGAAGUUGAAAAAACAUGUAUUUUCACCCAAAAUUGGCUUGACCACCUUUUUUUAGGCAAUUGUUAAUCGAAAUUCUUUAAUUAUAUUUACAGCUAGAUGGAGCUGGACGGAUGUUUGUUGGGCAGGAGCAGUUGGCGCUGUUACCGUAGUAGCCGCGCCUGCUGCUUUGACAGCAGUGGGAUUUACCGCAGCAGGAGUUGCCGCAGGCUCAGUAGCAGCAGCAACCCAGUCCGCAGUCUAUGGAGGAUAUGUGGCUUCAGGUAGUGCGUUUGCACUGGCCCAAAGCGUAGGGGCCGCUGGAAUUGGCAUGAAAGGUGCUGCAGGUCUCUUCUCAGCUGCUGCCGCAGGAACUUUUUAUGCGAGGAAUGAUGAAGAAUAG